UAAGGUUUUCCACUUGUCACCCGAAAGAAAAAUAUCUAAUAUGAUAUCGAUUCUUUUUACAUUUAAUUAGGUUAACUUAAAAAUUAUUGUAUAUGUGUGCAUAGGUGGAAGUGUUUUUACUGGGAGUGGUCACUGCCAUCUCAAUCUUACACAAAUUUGUAAAUAGUUACAUUUAAAAUGCGAAUAUUGACGUUUAGUAUUCUUUUUAAUGCCCUUCAUAUUAUAUUCGGUGUUGUUGGGUUAAAAAUUUACGAGGCAAACCCUGACACAAAAAGACUUUAUGAUGACUUGUUGUCAAAUUAUAAUAGACUUAUACGCCCUGUGAAGAACAACACCGAAACCUUAACAGUAAAGCUUGGUUUAAAGCUCUCGCAGCUAAUUGAGAUGAAUUUAAAAAAUCAAGUGAUGACUACCAACGUCUGGGUGGAACAAAAAUGGAUCGACUAUAAACUACGAUGGGAUCCAGAAGAAUACGGUGGCGUAGAAAUGCUAUACGUGCCUUCCGAAAAUAUUUGGCUACCAGAUAUUGUCCUAUACAAUAAUGCCGAUGGCAAUUACGAAGUAACGCUUAUGACAAAGGCUACAUUAAAGUAUACAGGUGAAGUGUCUUGGAAACCGCCUGCGAUUUACAAAUCAUCUUGUGAGAUUAACGUCGAAUAUUUCCCAUUUGACGAACAAUCGUGUAUUAUGAAAUUCGGCUCAUGGACGUACAAUGGCGCUCAGGUGGAUCUGAAACAUAUGAAACAAGAAAGUGGUAGCAAUUUGGUUGCAAUAGGAAUAGAUUUAAGCGACUUCUACUUAUCAGUUGAAUGGGACAUUUUAGAAGUACCGGCAUCCAGAAACGAAGAAUAUUACCCAUGUUGCACAGAACCCUAUUCUGAUAUUACAUUUAAUAUUACGAUGCGAAGAAAAACGUUAUUCUACACAGUCAACUUAAUAAUUCCUUGCGUGGGUAUUACGUUCCUUACGGUACUUGUCUUUUAUUUACCAAGUGAUUCAGGUGAAAAAGUAUCGUUGUGCUCUUCCAUUCUCCUCUCGUUGACGGUGUUCUUUUUACUAUUAGCCGAAAUUAUUCCACCAACAUCACUAGCUAUACCACUUUUAGGAAAAUAUUUGCUAUUUACCAUGAUUUUAGUCACUUUGUCGAUAUGGAUUACCGUAUGCGUUUUAAAUGUUCAUUUUCGGUCUCCAUCUACGCACAACAUGUCACCCUGGGUUAGACAAGUAUUUUUAAAUUGGAUGCCACGACUUUUAAUGAUGCGUCGGACGCCGUAUUCAACUCCAGAAUAUGAUGAUACGUACAUGGAUAGUGGAUAUACUAAUGAAAUAGAUUUUAGUUUUCCUGAUAGUGUUAGUGAUUACCCACUGGAAUUGAAAGGAAGUCCAGAUGGGUUCGAAAGUGUCACCUCGCAGUAUAAAAAUAUACGAGAAGAUGAUGCCCGGCAUAUACCGCAUGCAUCAGUCACUGAUAGUGAAAAUACGAUGCCACGACACUUGUCUCCCGAUGUAAUAUCAGCUUUAAAGGGUGUGCGUUUUAUUGCUCAACAUAUAAAAAAUGCAGAUAAGGAUAAUGAAGUUAUAGAAGAUUGGAAAUUCGUAGCUAUGGUUUUAGAUAGACUUUUUCUUUGGGUUUUUACAUUGGCAUGUACUGGUGGAACACUUGGCAUAAUAUUUCAAGCACCAAGUUUAUAUGAUACAAGAGAACCUGUGGACCAACAACUUUCUGGAAUAUCGUUUCGCAAUUAUAUGUAUCCAAAUGUAAAUGCGGCUACGCAAGACGAAUAAACUUUGAGAUUCGUGGAACAUAUGAUUCACGUAUAAAAACCAUAAUACAAAAGUAUUAAAUUAUUAA